AUGAUAGAGAUGUUAUACCAGAUGGGGUACACCGGUGACAUCUCCUUGCUCUCAAAGUACAAGAAGUUUUUCUUACUCGAAUGUAGAAUGGGUUAUAUACCCUACUGUUCAAGAGCCUAUCAUAGAGUUCAAGAGGAUGACACACUCCAAAAUGUGGAGGAAGAUACAGCUACAACUUCAGAGCGCGCCCUUACAGACAAUAUUCCAAAGGUAUCUUCACCACCGACUUCCCCUAUUCCAACUUCUAAUAUUUUUGGCAACAUUCUAAAAGAUCCAUUUCAGAACCUCACUACUACUCCACCAUCACCACCUAUUAUUCCACCAACAUUACCAAUGCCAUCCUCACCCACUACACCCACAAUUCCAAUAUCAUUCAUCGCUCAUCAAUCACCACCUAGUUCUAUUGGACAAUCUCUUCCUCAGUUUUCCAUUCCCUUCUCCUCACCUAUCUCUAUUGAUUCAACUACUCCUAGUACACCAUCAAUCUCAAAUCCACUGGAAAACCCUUUAAUCAAAUAUGUUUUUGAGGUGAUACAAAAUCCAGGCAACCCUAUCAACAUAUCUAAUACAGGGCACGCAAUUCCUAAAUUCAUCAAAGACUAUUGA